UUAAUAUUCACAAAGAAGGAACUUGGUAAAAACCCAGAUUCACUGGACAGUCACUAAACAUAUCCAUUCAGACUAUGUGUUUGUGAUAUAAAGCUUCCUCUUUUAUUUGAACAUUUUCUUUGCAGGAAAAUACAGCUGCACAUACUGGCAGUGGAAAGGGUCCGUGCAUGAAGUUUAAUUCUUCGGCAGUUGUUCACGUUGUAUAAUGAAAAAUGAAAAUUGAGCAAGGAAGUCAAGAGCCGGAAACAGAGACAGCUCGUCUUCAAAGUAAAGGCUGCAGCGGUCAAUUUAACGAGAGCUAAGCUAAAUAAAUAAACAUACUGUGUAAAUAAUUAACAUAAUUCAUAACUAUUAUCGUGUUUUCUGCUAGCCCACAACUGAUCAGGAAUACAUUUCCAAUCAACACUGAAUUUUUAGGGGGAGUGGCGCUGGAGCGAGGGGGAGGACCAACAGCACUGGAUGAGGGGCCAGGCUGUUCAUUGUCUGGGGGAAAAGGAGGAGGAGAAGGCAGACCCCUGCUGGAGGGCCCAGGCUGCCCCUUCGGGGCAUUUAAGUUUAAGGGCUGUCCAUGUCCCACCUGUACCAAGGACAGACCCUUUGCUGAAAGGAGAGUCUGGCCAUCACCUGAACACACAUACAAACACAGACUGUUUUAGUAUUUUCAGCUUUCAUUAAAAGAUAAAUCACAGUACAGAUUACAACACACCAACACAGCUUUAUGACAAACUGAGUGCUCAAUUCAAUUCAAAGAGCUGGAUGUUGAUGGCCUGAGCCAUCAACCUCAGGCUGGCCAGGACUGCCUCUCUAAUGGCCACAUAGUCCUUGAGGAUGAGGGACCACCAAGUCCUCAUGGUCCCUCUGGACACGUGGCCAAUGGGUGAAGACGGCAGAGCUGGUUGCAAACGGCCUCCACCAGGCGACUGGCACUGGGCCAGUUUGCAGGGCCCAAGUUCAGUCCAAGAGUACAGCUGAAAGAUAAUCAUAGAGAGGAGUGUGUGUUAAUAUAGAUCUGAUACUCAUUAGAGGAAACGAUGAUAUCUGAAGUGAAUCUCACCUCUGGAGACUCUCCUUCCACUCCUCCUGGGAAAUCCUCUGGAUCACUGUGGUGUCAGUCAAGCCAAACAUCCUGUGCUUCCCCUCCAGUUGGGACCACUAUGCCUCAAUGAGAUGGCAGAUACUUCCGGGGUCCACCUCAAAGAUGCACCCUUAUCAAUCCAACCGCAAAUUCUGCAAGGCCCUCAGAGCCCUCAGAGCAGGUGAGCACCUGGCCCGUACACGAUACCACCAUUGUUAACCUAGGCAGCCGUGUCAGAAGCAGCAUCAGCAGCCUUCUUUGUCACCUGGACAGAGAGACAGAGACAGAGAAACGUUUCAAACUUUAAUGUUUGUGUGUGAAUUUAAUACACACACGGCUGUGGUGUAAAAGCAGCUGUCAGAACAUAAUAAACUCUGAUAAACUUUCUUGCCUUCUUCAGGCUGGAGCAGUUAAGAGUGCAGGGCAAUGUAUGCACAGUUUUAGCUGAAUGUCAGAAAAUAAAUGCUGCACUCUGGAGCACAGGAAUGAGAAGUGUGAAUUCUUCAAAAAGGGCUGGGUUCUCCUAUAAAUGCACAAUCCAUAAUUAAAAUAUAGUGUUGCAUCUUGCAUCUGGUGCAGAAAUAUAACUUAUUAUUAUUUAAUAUUAAAGUCAUUAUAGAAGUCAGUCAAGUUAAAGAUGAAAAUGUAAUUCAAUAACAAUGUAAUUUGUCACGCAUGUAGGCUAUGUGUUCUAGCAUUACACGGGACUUGACUUUAUGAAUAUAAGAGUAGUUACACUUGAGUGAUUAUAUUUCUACAAAUGAAAGAAAUCGUACACAGGUCAAAUCCCAUCAUAUUAUUAAGGGAUUGUUUAGCCUCGGUCGCCCGGGGCGACGGGAGAAAGGCGUGCUGCAAGAGCGGGGAAGACCCCGGGAAAACUGACGUCAGCUGACGGAACUCCCCUCACCAUCCCACAUCCAGCCCCCAGGAGACUGCUGCUGUGUGACCUGGCCUCAGUCACACACAGCCAGUAGAAGGGCAGCCGAUGCGCAAACAGGCUUCGGUGAAAGAUAGUGGAGAUGGUGUCAUCUGGUGACAGCGGAUUCAAGACUGUUUACAAACGGAGACGGAUGCACGGCGCGUCUCCUCCUCCAGACGCGCUCACACCGGUUAGACAGCGGCAGACAGCCAGGCACAGAAAACAGAAACUCAUGUCCAAACUGAGUGACUCAGGUUUCGAGGAAGAUUUGGGAUCCUCCCCGAUUUCACCUCCGGCUCGGACAAAUGUGUCCCCGCUCCGUUUAGAUGAAGCGGAGCCUCCUGCAGAGCAGCUGUCCAGCUGGUACCUCCAGUACGGAGACAUCGGUUACAGUAUCCAGAGGGAGAGGGAGGCGCAGUUUCAUCCCUGCAACAGCUUGGCACGCCAGCCACAACUGAAUGAAGAGGCACGGUGCAAGCUUGUGAGCUGGCUCAUCCCUGUACAUAAACAUUUCCGUCUGUCCUUUGAGUGCUGCUGCCUAGCAGUGAACAUCAUGGACAGGUUCUUGGCAUCGACUGCGGUGGCUGCUGACUGCUUCCAGCUACUGGGUGUUACUGCACUUCUUCUCGCCAGUAAACAGGUGGAGGUUUGCUCACCACGGAUCAGCCAUCUCUUGUCACUGUGCUGUGAUGCCUUCAGUAAAGAGCAGCUCUGCAACCUGGAGUGUCUCAUCCUCCUCCGUCUCGAUUUCCAGCUCGCUGCACCCACCCUGGCCUUUUUCCUGGACUAUUACAUCAACUGCAUUGAGGCUGCGCAGCUUGUGACUGAGGACGCAGGUGGUGACAGGUUUGCAAGAAUGAAUCUAGACACAAAAAGACCCAGACAGUGCAGCAACCUUGCACGAAAGAUAUGCGAGUUGAGUUUAGCAGACUAUGCAUUUAACAAAUACCCACCAUCUCUGACUGCUAGCUGUGCACUGAGGCUAGCCAGUGAGUUACUGAAAACUGAACAAGGGCUUGUUGAUGCAACCACCCAGUCACAGGAAGACCGGUGGGACAGUUUUGUGGAUGCAUUAUGUACCGAAGCAGCUUCUGUCCAACCACCUGAGAGCUCUGAGGUUUCUGAAAACCACUCUCUAAAAGUGAAGGGCCACUUCCAGCCUGUAGGGCAGGAGAGCUACAACCACAACCUGGCCCGGGAGUGCAAGGACAACCUGAAGCUGUUGGUGUCAUUAAACCAGGAGAUAUUGGAGCUGAUGUCCACUAUGUGACUGCAGCGUGCCACAACUAGCAAAAUGCCAAAUUCCCCUCCACUGUUGGGGUUUAUAUUCUAGGGGUUAUUUUAACAAACAGAAGAAACACAGAAGUGAGAAUAAAGUGCCCCAUUUAUAUGUUUUAAUGUGAAGGUGAUGUUCAGAAGUAGGUCUGGGGUUCAUCCAGUCCUGUGCACUAAACUUCAUGUACUGUAUAUCUCACAGACAAUCACUCAUACUUGAUACCAGCCAUUGAAUGUUUAACAAUGUGUUAUUAUUAUUAUUUUAUAUUUAUUGAUAAUAAGUUUUUGUUAUAGCUAUUUUUUUUAUUACUUAAUUAAUUCUAAAUCAAAAUCUUAAUUUACUAUAUAUGCACUGACCUGCUGCAAGUUUAUAAGUUAUGUUACUGUUGCAACCUGUUAAUGAAGGACCUGAAAAUUGUACUGUGAUGAAUUGA